GCGAGCAGAGCGGAGCUGCGUGUCAGUGCGGUCCACCUACAGCUGGCUGGGAGGACAACUGACGCUACACUUUUACAAUCUCCACCUUUUUCUUUUUUUUUUAAUCCACGCUAUACAUUCGCUCUCAUCUAAUACAAUUAUUAUCGUUAACUCAUAAAAAUACGUUUGUAGGACGUCGUUUUUUUCUAGAAAACUAAAGUUGGAGGCUGGGCCUUUGGCUUUUUGAGCGUCGCUUGAGAGUAGUGGAAGAGAAAAGCUGGUCUUUUUUUUUGUUGUUAUUUUUUUCAAUGAAAGGUCGAUAAAUGCUACUAACGAAGAUGGACCUGUUGAACUACCAGUACCUGGACAAAAUGAACAACAACAUUGGGAUUCUCUGCUACGAAGGUGAAGCAGCUUUGAGAGGGGAUCCCAGACUCCAGUCCCUGUCUCUAUCCUCGUCUUCCUCCUCUUCGUCAUCAUCAUCCUCCUCAUCUUCUUCCAUCUCCAGCCACAGGACUGGUCCUCCUCCCAUCAGCCCCACCAAGAGGAAGCUGAGUGGGGACCAGGGAGACAGUGACAUGGACGACAAUGAGCAUGUGGCAAAGAUGAGUCGACUGUUUGCUUCACAGCUGAAACCGAACGGAGACUAUCGCAACUCCUCCAGCAAGGACUGUAGCCGGAGCCCCAGUGAGCGGAUGGUGGUUCCCAGUGCUCUAGCGGUGCACAGCAUGGGUGUGUACAGCCCCAGCCACCACCACCACCUGGCCAGCUUAGCCAGCAUGGACCAGCCACUGGCUCUCACCAAAAACAGCAUGGUAGAGACGGUACGCAGCAGCACAGCAGCCAUGACCACGGUGCCACACACGGCCAGCGCAGGGGAACGCCAGCAGAACCGCCCCUCUGUGAUCACGUGUGCCCCAGCGAACAAUCGCAACUGCAACCUGUCUCACUGUCCAGGCUCCCACAACGGCUGCUCCAACAUGUCUAACAACUACAGACGACUCAACACCAACACGGCCUGCGACCCCGUGAUCGAGGAACAUUUCCGCCGCAGCCUGGGGAAGAACUACAAGGAACCCGAACCCACUUCCACCAACUCGGUGUCCAUCACAGGCUCGGUGGACGACCACUUCGCCAAGGCGCUGGGAGACACCUGGCUGCAGAUCAAAAACAAGGGCAGUCCCUCGUCGUCUGGCAGCAGCCCCAACUCCUCUCCCGACAGUCACAUGGUCAAUCACAACCACUCCCCUUCUGUUGUCUCCUGAAAGGGAAAGGACUUUUCUACAUUUCCCCAACUCACCCAAUGGUCCCAGCUCCGACAUCGAUGCCUCUCUCACUACCCCGGUCUGUCACCAGCAUCCCUGAGGGAAUGCCUGCCUGCUGGUCCGCUAGAAACAGCCCUCACCCUCCCACCUGCUCUUUUCACUGUGCAGUCACAGAGGAAUCGGUUGAGCAAUAAAGACACGGCCACUUUAACCCCGUUUAUCCUCUGGUAUGCGACGUGGAGCUGGACUGGAGCAGCAGCUUUCUCCUUCCCCUCAUUUCUCAUCCCUGGAUGUUGAGCUUGGGAGCUUUGGGGCCGAGCAAGUGUCUGUAGUUAUAUGUACAUAAACAGAGAGAGGGAGGAUGGUGUUGUAGUAAUUCAGUUUCUUUUUUCUUUCUUUUAACAAUAGUUUUGUGUAUUGAUUUUGCAUUAUGGGAUGCCUGCCAUGAAACGAAAAGAAAUGUGAGAAACAAUUCUUAGAAAACAAUCACCAACCACCUGACUGCGCUACCAAAGAAACCUCAGACACUGAUGUUUAUCACUGGCCACCUUGAAAAACAAAACAACAAGAAGCCAUCUCAUUAUCACCUCUGCUGUGUUUUAUCCACCUUCAUCCUCCUGCUCUCUGUGUCUGGAGGAGACCACUCAGUCUGACUUACACCGCUGCUGAAGGGAAAGCGUGGCACGUCACUUUGCAUCUGGCUCUGAGCACACGGUGGAUGAUGCAAUUGGAUAAUUCCUGUCUAAGUACACCUGGGAAAAGUUGGAAAAUUAGGAAUAGGAGGCUGAAUCCAAUUUUAAUUUCAUUUCCUAGUAGCACAAUAAACGCAUCCACUUCUCAGCAAUCUAUUCCACGUCUACUCAAAGUUCAAUCCAUGUUUUUUUUCUUCUUUUUUAAAUUGAUGUCCUUUAGUUCACAAACAUCCAACGGUGGUGUUAAUGUCCUUCACAGCCGUGAGAGAAAAUGACGUUUAAAAGCCACAGAUGAUCAAAUCUGAACUGCUGAACUUUCAUGUGACUCGCAGACACAAGUGCCGGCAGUGAUGAGGGGAACGUUGAUGCUGCGUGUCAUUUUGUGGGGUUUGUUUUUGUUGUUUUCGGGGAGACAAGAUCAUUUGGAUCUCUUCAAAAACACAACUUUGUUUAUGUGAGCCUUUGAACAUGGUUGUUGUAAUUAUGUGGCUUACACACUGCUAACCUACCCUCCCUCUCCGACACAGUGGUUUGAAAGAUUUCUACAAGGUUUUAAGGGUAAAUUGAUGCUUUUACAGGUGCAUGUGUUUUUUUUUUCUUAAUAGCUGGUAUCUAUUAGUGUUUUUAGCAUUUCAAACUUUACUAUUAGUCUUUUCAUUCAGACGUUAACCGUUUCUUUGUUGUUGUUGUCAGUAACAGACAGACACUAUACACUCACUGCUGGGUCAGUUGUACUCCAUAUUAUUGUUGGUAUUGAUAUUAUUACAAUUUGUAUUUUUGAUUUUCCAUUAAUAUUGGUAUGGUAACAAACAUCUAUAGUGGGACAGCCUCCGGACAGGCUCUGUUGUAUGAUAUAAGCUGCAUCACUCAAAAGCAUCUCAUCUAGGUUUUCAGAAGAGACUGAUCCGUCUGUGGUACCGGAUACUGCAACCUUCAGCACGACAGGCUGAGACGCCAAACUGAUGUCAGUUCGUCUAAAGUCAAAAGCAUCUGAACUCGUCGUAGCCGUGUGGUUCUUGUUGGAGCAGACAAAGGUUCUUGUAGGAAGGACGUGUCGGUGGGUCACUAUUGUGUCUUAAAUGCUCACAGUUUAAAGGACAAAAUGCUCUUAGAGGAAAAAAAAAAAAGAAAAUGAGUCCAUUUGGUUGAUAAUCAUUUCUUUAUCGGUUUAAGGUGUGAUGUCACAGCUCUGUCAACUUUCAUCAGCUGAUAUUUUUUGUUUUCAUGCCAGGUCUUUUUUUGUUUUGAAUUUUCUGACCGUUGCAUAGACUGCUGUAGUUUAAGGACAUGAAUUUUACUCUGGAAAAGAACCUGCGCUGAGGUGGCAUACAUUCCUCCAGUGGGGAACUUUACACAGGACUCAUACAUAUCUCCACGGCAGCAGAUGGAGCUCAGAAGCAGCCAGGACUGCUUGUGCAAGACAUCUUUCCCAACAGUUUUUAUUCCUGUCACAUAGAGCAGAUCAGCCAGGCUGGACAAUACAGGAACACCCACAAACAUUUAGAGCGUUGUUGGAGAGAAGUGGACGUGCACAUGUUUAUUAUUCUGUGUCUAAAAAGCAGAGCUGAAGGUAACUGGUGAUGACGUUUAUAUUUGUUUGCUUUUAGGCAGUUUCUAUCAAUCAGUCGCAUAUAUGAACGCUAUUCUCUCUUCUCUCCAAAAUGUCCACACAUUCCAUCAUCAGCUACUAGAAAAACAAAUGCAACAGAACUGGGACUGAAGCGAGGAGGUUGAGGGGUCGAAUGCCCCAGGUUUCAUUGGGGGGGAAUAGGAGAAUGCGAUUAUGUUAGCGUGCUUUCUGUGAGCAGAUUAGAGCGGUUUCAGCAGGCCGGUGGAGGUGAGGUGGCUGAGCUUCAGGAGCUGUGCUUUUGUAAGUGCAAGCUGCGAGUCACUAGAUGUUCACCUGUAGUCCGAAGUCUGCGUUGGGUCUCACAGCAGUUCCCACCCCGUUCUCAGACCCAGCUCCAUUUAACAUCCCAUGUAUUUCACAUCGUUUUGGCUUGGCUCGGCGUCCAGAGGAUUUUGUUUUCCAUUAUUUACGUUCUCAUGACUUCACUACCACCCUGUAGAUAGGAGGCGCGCUCUCUGCUUCGGCACACACUCCCUACACACUGUAGGAAAAUCACUUAAUAAAAAAAUGCUUCUUUUUUUUUAUAAUAGGUAACUAUAAGACCAUCAUUACGCUGUGCGUAACGAAUGUACAGAGAAAACAAAUCGUAGGUAUUUUUUGAGGAUCAAUUAAUUUGUUAAUGAUAUGUAGCUAUUUAAUUGUUUUUUUUCUGUCCUUAUAUUGUAAUCAUUGCAUUUUCUUUUUUUUGUGAAAAAAAGUUGAUCUUUUUUGUUUGUAGAGUUUGUCUUGUUAGAGUUGAGGUUCAAGUGCAGGAACACAGUAAAUGUAUGAAAACACGAUAAGCCACAGGUGUUUCUGUGACAAUCGCUACUUCCAUUGAUCCCCAUUGUUCGACAAAUCAUUGAACACGUAUCCGAACACGCCACUUCUGAGACGUUUGAACAAGAAUUUAACGAGGGCCCCCGUUGGAGCAUGUUUUGCAUUAAACAAGAAAAUAAAAGAAAAGUGUUAGUCGUGGGCUAACAGGCAGGUACAGUGUCCGUAUUGUGUGUUAGCGAUAUGAAACAAACGUUAACGGGGGAACGAGUAAACCCAUCAGUGCGUUUGAGGGAAAUGUGUUUAAUUGAUCUGGCAAAUGUGCCUGGAGAUGUUACUCGAGAAUCCACCACUAUAUAAAUCAAAGAGGAAUUAAUCUCGACUUUGUAAGUGGAAGUAGCAUGUACUCAAGGGUAGUAAUACUCUGAACUGUAAGAAAAUUUCUAUCGAAGCAAUUUGUGGCUCUGUGUCUCCUACUAAAAAGGUUUUGGCAGGCCACCUUUUUUGUACGUAAAGUAGCCUUAAUGAACAAUAAAGUGCUUUUAAACCACCGACUGUGUCCUAAAACUCUUCUCAUGU